AUGAGUUUUCCAGACUCAUACCAAUGUCCAAUUACCAAUUGUAUGCACAAAGUAGUAUAUCAAGAACAAAACAAGGAGGCCUUUCUAAACUAUGUUAACGAAGAAAUCAAAGACACACAAAAGAAAAACACCAAUAAAUAUUUUGCAAUCCACACAGAUAGAUCAUUAAAGACAUUUGGUUUCAAUGACCUUUUUGUUAUUGAGAUUGCUCAAUGUUUUAGAGAUUUUCCAAAUCUCCAAUAUUAUAAAAUAGACACUAACGUAGAACAAUACGUUAAUCUUGAAGAUGGAUUUAUCAUUUUUCAACCUGACCAUGAUGUUAAGUCUGCAAUCAAAAAACUAAUAAAAACUCAAGGUAUUCACAUAAUUUUCUAUGAUCUAAUGCAUGAAUACCCAGUCCUUGCAUCAAAUGACAUUCGCAUCUAUAUGACAUCCAGCAAAUUAAUUGAUACUAUCAUUAGAAAUGGCAAAACCAGCUAUUCUUUUAAGUAUUCACUAGAAAAAGCCGUCUUAUCAAUCAAUUUUAAAUGCAUGGAGAAUAUAGGUGCCAUCAAGAAUCUUCCAGAUGUUGAUUUUCCUAAAUUAAUUUUCGAAUGUCAAAAUAAGAGUGAAGAAGAAGUUAUUGACACAUACAGAGAACUUCUUCCAUACUACUCUUCACGUGCUGCACUUGUUGCACUUUCAAUAUUCCCAGUCAUUCAAAGCUUCACAACUCUCUCAAAUAUAAAUAAUACAAAUCAAAAAGUUAUUAAUAGAAUAUUAUAUGAAGAGUCUCAGGCUAAGUAUGGAAGUGUCCUUGUUAAGCAACUUACCAUUGCUCAUUCAUUACUCAAUAAUAUUGAAAAGCAUCCCCAUGCUAGCUGGCUUUUCAUCGAGAACUUACUCGUACAAAUAGAUGACAUUCCAAAAAUUAAAUCAGAUUUCAAAUAUCUUCCAGAUCUCCAGGAACUUCGCACAUUUUGUCUUAAAAAACUUGGUGUCAUGAAAGAUGAUGGUUUGCCACCACCAGAAUCACAAUCAUUUACCACAUCUUCACCGUUUUCUACGAAAAUGGCGAAAUUUAAAAUCACUGGAGAACUUCAUGACCUUUUGAGGUCUCAAUAUCAAGAACUGGUCAGUGAAAGGGAAGGAAAAACAGUUGAGUUCGAAGAUGUUAUUGAGUCAUUUGAAAAUCCUUUAUUGAUGACAUGUUUGGAAUCAAUCUCUGAAAUUCCAACGAAGUCAAUACGUGAUGAACAAUAUCAGAAAGUUUUUGAGGCUAUUAUUAAUUCAUCUAAUUAA